AGUCCCUGAGCCCAAGGAGUCAGACCGACUAAGCGCGCAAGCAAAGGAGAUCUCAGCAUUCUGCACGUUGGCGGAGCUUUUUUUCUGGCGUUCGGAGAGAGAUCCUGGCAGGAAGUCAAUUUCCAGGAAAAGAUGCGGGGGUUGCAGCUCCUUGGCUCCGAGUGGCGCGGGGCAAAGGUGGCGGUAACUGGAGCUCUGGAUGCAUUUUCCUAGAAGCCUCCAGCGUUCCGCCACCUGUGCGGAGUCUGCCCCCUUGUUGGCGUCUCCGCUCCAGAGUUUCCUCCUCCUAGCUUAGUCCCCGGGAGUGUGGGCGGCCCCAUUCCUGAGCGCUGAAACUCUGCCCCCCUCCCCCCGCUCGCCCUCCGCCUGCGGCACACCAACGAGCCUUUUCUUUGCCUCACUCACUUCCUUCCUCGGCUUCUUCCUCCCCAGUGCGUGGAAGAAGGCAACCAGCCCGCACCGACGCUGCCCCAGUUUUCUCGGAAAAAAACAGGAGGUAGAGAUAGGCAGCAAUGAAUGUGGAUCAUGAAGUUAAACUCUUAGUGGAGGAAAUUCAUCGUCUUGGUUCAAAAAAUGCUGAUGGAAAAUUAAGUGUGAAAUUUGGGGUUCUCUUCCAAGAUGACAAGUGUGCCAACCUCUUUGAAGCACUGGUAGGGACUCUCAAAGCGGCAAAGCGAAGGAAGAUUAUUACAUACUCAGGAGAGCUACUUUUGCAAGGUGUUCAUGAUGAUGUUGACAUUAUAUUGCUUCAAGAUUAAUGUGGUUUGCAUGGCUCUGUUUAUUGUAUUUUGUUUGUUUCUGGUAAACUGGAAUAUUAAGUCAAAGGACAAACAUAGGAACCUACUUAAUGUAUUUUUAUAGAACUUUAUAAACAAAAGGAGACUCAUUUUAGAAGUCUGUCCUUUUUUUUAUCUUGAAAACAAAUUUGUGUAUUACACUGUAAAAUGAACAAAACGUAUUAUUUUUCUCAGGAAUCUGGUUGGAAAAUGUAAACAAUGGGGCUUUUUUGGUGGGGGUACCAGGAAUGUUUGUUUCAUAAAUUAUUCGUAGACAGUUUCUACAGAUAUUGAACAUUCUGUGAAUUCAAGAAACAAACUUGUAAGACUAGCUCCCACAAGGAAUAUAAUGUUUAUGUAAUAAAAACAUAUAACUCCCUUA